AUGGUUAGAAGAUAUCCCGGACCGACCUUUAAGGUUCUAUUCGCUCCUCUGGUUCUCUCCUUUGCCCAGAGCGAGGCCCAGACAAGAGAUGUGAUUACGUCUUCGGUGGCAACCAUCAGAUCACAUCCUGACUGGUCCAGAGCCCGAGCCAUUGGGUCGACGACAGCGGUGCCGCGCAUCGUCAACGGCGGCAUCAAAGCGGGUCGACUCUCAGCCGGCAAGCUACAGCAGCGAAACCUGGCUAACUCGGAAACUGCCUUCAGACCACCACUUAGCCCGCAGCCCUCUACUUCCCCCUUUAGAAGGUAA